AUGCCUUCGGGUCCAUGGGGGGACUUUUUGUGUAAAGCUUGGUUCUCGGGAACAUUGCUAUGGGGCUGCAUCAAUACGUCAAUCGUCAAUCUGACAUUGCUCACGCUAGAGCGUUAUUUCGGCGUAUGUCACCCAAUCUGGCAUCACAAUAAUGUGACGACAAAUAAGGCGAUCAUCGCCAUGGUAACAACCUGGGUCAUUGGGCACUUGGCGGAAUCGCCAUGGGGUUGGCCUACUCACCAGAGCAUCGACGGCGAGUGCGUGUUUAGUUGGCCUAGUGUCAGCUACAGUAUAUUCGUUGGAGUGGAGUUGUUUGUGAUUGAAUAUCUGAUACCAGUCUCCGUUAUGAUUUAUUCAUACGUGAAUAUCUUACGCGCCUUAAAAGUCAGUCCCGUCAAUCAACCUACUGGUAUAAACAAUGUCGAAGUUACCCUCAGAGACAAGCAAAAGUUAGAACGGGCGGAGCGUCUCAGAUGGAACGUCAUCAAAAUGUUACUUAUAGUGGUGAUAUGGUAUAUCAUUUGCUUCACGCCAAACAUAUUUGGAUUUGAUCUCUGGUUUUUGACAUUCCGGCAGUACCUUGACCUUGGAGGUGUCUUCUACAAUAUGUCUGUAGCGAUGGCUUUCUGUAACAUGUGCGUGAACCCGUUCAUUUACGCUAUAAAAUACGAAGAAUUCCAGAUUGCUCUGAAGAAGAGACUUCCGUGUGGAGCCCUGAAUGGCAGCAAUGAUGUGCGCAUGCUCGGGGAUUCAGCCAUAGACACAAACACAUCAGGGAUAUGA